UUGGCCGUUUUUCGUUUUAGGUAUGCGACUCCAGGAUAACGCAAAGCUCUAAGCUCAUUACUACUUAAAGAAGAAGUUGUAGAUUUGUUUAAAUCGAAUUUGAAGUUAAAAGAAAAAUAAAAAAGGAACAAAAGUGGUGAUCCGCGAACGUGAACAGCUUUACCAGCUUAAUCGAAUUAAACCGGUGCAAUCUUGUUAAUUUGAAUAGUGCGUGGGGGGUCGUGUUGAUCGCUGAUAUCGGGGAAAGUCAUUGUGGAGUGGAACGUCGAGCAACCGAUGGACUUGGAUUGUGAAUCCGAAGUAAUGAAGGCUGAGGAAGAAAUGAAAACAACGGGGACAUCCGGUUCCAAUCAUAAUCAUUAUUCAAAAAAUAAAGGAGAACAAAGAAGAAUGGUUGACAUCACCAGAGAUAAACCAAUAAAAGUUGCUGUUCGCGUUGUGGUUCCAGUGAGAGAUCAUCCAAAGUUUAACUUUGUUGGAAAGCUGUUGGGUCCCAAAGGUAAUUCCCUGAAGAGACUGCAAGAGGAUACCAUGUGCAAAAUGGCUGUACUUGGUAGAGGAUCAAUGAAAGAUAGACACAAGGAAGAAGAACUUCGUGCAAGCGGGGACCCUAAAUUUCAACAUUUAAGCGAAGAACUUCACGUGGAAAUUAGCGCCUUCGCGACGCCUGCAGAAGCUCACGCUCGAAUCGCGUACGCGCUGGCGGAAGUGAGACGAUUUUUGGUACCGACAAACAUUUUUCCAACCGCAUUCAAAAAAAAGGAACAAUACAUUGGAAAUGGAAGUUGUGGCUUAACAAGUGUACACGUUGCGGCCAAAACACAAUUAAACACUUUGGAUACGCCACAUAAAUUGGACACUAUCCAUCACUACAACGUGGCCGCCGGUAAUUUUGUCGGUGUAUGCAGAUCGAAACAAUGGUUUUUCGAGUUUGAAUGUAACGCAACUUGUCACAGACACGUUUAA